UCUUACAGGAUAAAAUAAAUAAUAAAUAAAAAAUCUAAAACAUGGCCUAUCUUUAUCGUCUAAUAUUAUUGCUACCAUUUUGUGUAUAAAACCACCCACACACACACACACACACACACACACUAAAGAUGGGUAGUUUCAGUGAGAAGCAAGAAGCAUUGGUUAAAGAAUCAUGGGAAUCAUCAAGCACAACAUUCCUGAGCUUAGUCUUCGUUUCUUCACUUUGAUACUGGAAAUAGCACCAGCAGCAAAGAAGAUGUUCUCAUUUCUGAAGGAUACAGAUGAAAUCCCACACAACAAUCCCAAGCUCAAAGCCCAUGCUGUUAAAGUUUUUAAGAUGACAUGUGAAUCAGCCAUUCAACUAGAUGAGAAAGGUGAAGUGGUAGUUGGAGAAACUACUCUCAAAUGGUUGGGUUCUAUUCAUCUUGAAAAAGGAGUCAUUGACCCCCAUUUUGAGGUGGUGAAAGAAGCAUUGUUGAGAACAGUACAGGAGGGAACUGGAGACAAGUGGAGUGAGGAGAUGAAUGGUGCUUGGGCAGAAGCAUAUGAUCACUUAGCAACAGCCAUCAAGAAUGAGAUGAAAAUAUAGUCUGCUCCUUCAUUAAUUAUUUAUUUUAUCUCCCUUUAUUUUUAGUUUAUGCUAUAAAUAAAUAAAUAAACUUUUAUCUGUCAAAUAAUUCGAACCGGUGUAUUGAUGGUUUAUACUAUGCUACAUCAGAUUAAAUACAUCGGGUAGAUGUUUAUCAUUGAUAAA